AUAAUUAUAAACAGAUAAAUGGAUAAAAGGAAAGGAGACUCUAAAGGACUUUGUGGAUCAGCACUCAACUUCUCUUUAGUGUUUCUAUAGGCUUCCGUGUAGGGACAGACAAAACCAAGGUUUGUCACUUUAAGCAUGAGUCGAUGUCAUCAUAUCCGUAGGGCCUAAACUACCCUUACCCCACCACCACAUGAUUUUCGUCUCUACAUGGUGCCUAGCGUCCCUCCUUAAGGUCCAAGAGGCAUUGAACUACUAUUAGGAAGGGUUUAGACUGAAAUAAACUCCUAAUAAGCCCACCUAGACACCAAGUCAAACAAAUAGGACAUUCAUUUAGAAUGUAAACUCUCAAAUUAGCCUCUAGGUUUUAUUAAACAUGCUUUCAAACACACAUAAUGGUGAAAGGAUUUCAUGUUAAGUGUGUGCAUACAGACACGUAUUGACAACAUAAUUAUUUAAUUGGGGGGAGCAGAAAGUUGUUACAAGUGCAGAGAACUUAUUAGACUAAUUUUUAAAGGUGGCAGAAAAGCAAUUAUAAAUGCAGAAAUAUAUUUAGAAACAGUGACAGAUUUAUUAUUAAUGCAAAGAAAUAUUUUAAAAGACAGUCAGUUUGCAAAAAUCUAGUAGCUGGUUUUUUUUUAUCAGGGCAGAAUAUUUAAAACAUGAGAAAUUAGUUGAAUAAGCAAUAUUAAACAGACAAUUUAAACAGCUUGCAAUUAAUUAUUAUUACUGAUUUUAAAUGUGGUAGCAAAUUAAUGUAGGAAGCAGAUUUUAGAUUGAUUUUGAGUGGCCAGAGUUAUUCAGCAUGCAGAAAUAAUGAGCCGGAUUUAAUUAGACAACCAGUACUUAGAGUAGAGUUUAAUGCAUGCAUGGUAUUAAACCAGAUUCACUUAAUUACUGAUUAUAUACAUGAAUCUUCACAUAGAAUGGUAUAAAUAUUAUCAUAUAAACACGUUCCAGAUUUAACAGAGAUUGAAUUAAUUUAAGGCAUGCCAACUGAUUUCAGAUUUCCAAAAGAACAAAGUUAUAGACAGACAAAUGCCUGGUUUUGACCAAUUAUUUUAGGUGAUAAUAAUUUAUUUCCAAUUUUUUUAUGUGGUUAGAAGAUAUAAACAGAUUAUAUUUAACAAUCACAAGUAAUGAAAUAAACAAAAGUAAAAUAGAUAAUUAGCACAUAUUCCCCCUCUCCCCUUAGCCGAUCCCCCAAAUAUAUCAUAUAUACAGCGAGUUCAAGAGUUAUACAAAUAUUACAAAUCAAAAUAAAUAAUAAAUACGAAUUCAAAAUACAGAAAUUAAAUAAUCUCAUCUCAUGGCAACUCUUCAACUUGAACUUCAUGUUCAAAAUCUGUAUAACAGAAUAACAUCCAACACAAGAUCAUAGCAUAAUAAUAACUAAUAGAUAGAAAACAUAAAAGCUAUUCACAGUAAACACACGAAUUUCACCAAGUCAUGUAAAAUCACACAUCGGAAUAACGGAUAAGGAAACUAACCCGAAUGCUUCCUUUUAUUUAUUUCGACCAAACAAUGCAAACAAAAAAAAGAAAAAGAAAAAAAGAUUAAGCUAAUGAAAGGAACUAACCAAUUAUGCAGAAUAUUAAUCAGCAAUGAAGACCCCUUAAUCCAACUUUCGACCCGUACACAGCAAAAUAGCAAGUAUAGAGAAGCUUUUAUGUUUACCGAAAAACUAAAUUCUAUUUUUAAGAGUAGAGAACAAUAUAUAUUUUUUAGUAUUCAAGUAUUGAGCAAAGUCAAGACGUGAGAGAAUUCUCCUAUCGUUAGAAUGUCCGGAUCCCUUUUUUCUGAUGGCUAAAGCCUAUCUAUAAAAUAAAAAGAGAGUCUCUUUAUAUAGUGCAGGGGAGGGCACAAAUAAGGGAAAGAAAUAUUUUAAUUUUUUUUUAAAAUCCUUAUUAAAAAGGGAGCUAAUUCCGUAACAUAAUCCUAUAAUUAUCAAAAUAGAACUAGUAAGAGAUUUUCCAAUUUAAAAAUAAAAAAAAUAAAAAUCAAAUCGACUAGUAAGAGUCAAUCAUGCAAUCACCAAAUCAAUUUACCUUAAAUAAGGAGGAGAGAUCAUAUAAACAACAAUAUUAUAAAAUUAAGCUGAUCCAUAUAAGGAAAAGCAAGAAUUGACUUUACACUGUUCAAGGAAUAAUAAUACAUAAUUAAGGAAAUUAUAUCAAUAGAAGCAUUGUCCACAUAUGAUACUAUACAAGAAUCAGAUCCAUAAGUGUAUAUUGACAAGAAAAGUGGAAUAAUCAGUAUUAAAAUAAUCCUACGUUACCCAACUUACCCACAUUGAAUAAGGAGAAAAUCAAUCAAUUACGAGCAAAAUUAUCAAGCCAGCCUACAUUCGAAUUAUUUUGAUUCUAAUUUCAAAUAAGAAAAAUGUAAAGAUCCAUUAGGGUCUGAAGAUACUGAAAGUGUAUAUCAGUGAGCAAGCAAAAUCAGCUAAAACAGACGAAUUUUGAAAACACUUUUGAAGUAAAUCGAUGAACCUCCCAAAUGAAACUCAAGUUGAAUCAGGUGCAUGCUCAAUAAGCUAUCAAUCCAAGACUUUAUGCAUAAACCUCAUGAACGAAAUUUGCCAUUCAAACAACAAGCCAUACCAAGAAAAUACCGGAGACGGAUCUCAACAGAUCCGUUUUUCAUCGAUCCAAAUUUCGGACUUCACCGGAGCUCGCUUGGUCAAGGUUGCUGCCGGAGUCAGAUCUGUUGUUGCUGCUUCGGAGUUCUCGCAUGGCGCUGCUGGUCGUAGAUGUUGUUUCCGUCGGUGGAGCCUGCUCGCUGGAGCUGCUGGCUGUUGUUGUUCUGCAAAGAGAGGAGAGAAAAAAAAAAAAGAGAGAAAGAAAGGGGAGGCGGAGGGAGAGAAGGUGCCGGAGUUGCUGCUGGUCCGGUGGUCUGCUUGCUGUUUCGCCGGCUGCCGCAGCGAGAAGAGAGCGGAAGAGAGGGAGGUUCGCCGGCGUUUGCUGGUGCUGCUGCUUCUCUCGCCUGGUUGCUCGCCGGUGGAGCUGGCUGGCUUUGUCUCCUUCGAUGCUGGCCGUCAGUGAAGCUGGCUGGCUUUGUUUCCUUCGAUGCUGGCCGCCGGUGAAAAGAGGAG